AUGUCAAAUUCUUGUUUACGUAUGACGUCCACAAACUACUUUGGCUGAGUAAAAAAGUUUUGAAACGACUUGUGUUGUGGAAAAAUGAUAACUCCAUGAGAAUUCUAUUAUUAUAAAAUAAUACAUUAUUGCUAAAGUUAUAAAAUCCAAAAUGAACGGAAAUGAUCUUAGUUUAACAAAACGUAAGGAUAAGAAAAAACUAAAGGAGGUCAUAGAAUCACAGGAACCAAUUUCAAAUGAAUUAACACUAUUGAACACCGAAAGAGAAGUUGAUGAUGGUGCACCUUCUGAGAGUGUAAAUAAACUUCCUCAAGGAAACUGCUCAGUGGAAGAAAUGAAAAGACCAUCGAGCUUUUAUAUUCAUCUGGAUAUUGAUGUUGUGUGUUUCUUACUUUUGAUGCUGGGCCUAUCUACUAGACUUUAUAAUUUAGACCAACCCCGUUACAUAGUGUUUGAUGAGUUACAUUAUGGUCGAUAUGUGUCUCUUUACGCUAAAGGUGUUUUUUUCUUUGAUGCUCACCCACCUCUUGGAAAACAACUACUGUAUUUAGCUGGACGUGCUGCAGGAUAUGAUGGGAAUUUUACAUUUGACCGAAUAGGAUCACCAUAUACUGAAAGUGUGCCAGUAAAAGCUCUUAGACUAAUUCCAGCAGUUGCUGGGAGUAUAAUAGUCUCAAUCACAUAUCAACUGAUGCUAGAAGUAUCUUGCUACCAAUGGACAGCUAUGCUAGCAGCUUUGUUAAUUUUAUUUGAAAAUUGUUUCCUAGCACAAUCAAGGUUUAUGCUAUUGGAAAGCAUUCAAAUAUUCUUUGGGUUAUGUGGUCUCCUAUGUGUUGUUAAAAGUACUCGCAGAAAUGGGAUAAUUGGUGUAUUAUGGUUAUGCACAGGGGCUAUGUCUUUAGGAUGCUGUUUUUCGGUAAAAUACUCUGGUAUUUACACAUACUUUUUGGCUCUACUCAUAGUCGGACGUCAAGUGUGGCAACAAAUUAGUCACACUAAAUCAGGACUCCACCUUGCACUGUCUAGUUUAUGGCGACUGCUGGUGUUAAUUGUGUUGCCACUGUCAAUCUACAUUGGCGUGUUCUACGCGCACCUGAUGAUGUUGCCGAAAGCUGGUCCUCACGACAGUGUGAUGACUAGUGCCUUUCAAGCAUCUCUUCAAGGUGGGCUUGCUAGCAUAACGCGCGGGCAACCCUUACAUGUGUCCCAUGGAUCUCAAAUAACUCUGAGGCACACCCAUGGGCGCACGUGCUGGCUGCACUCGCACGCGCAUGUGUAUCCCGUGCGCUACUCGGACGGGCGCGGCUCCUCGCACCAGCAGCAGGUCACGUGCUACAGCUUCAAGGACGUCAACAACUGGUGGAUCGUCAAGCGGCCGGAGCACGCAUCGCUGGCCGUCGGACACCCGCCCGACGCCAUUCGCCACGGAGAUGUGAUCCAACUGCUGCAUGGAAUUACCAGUCGUGCGCUCAACUCUCACGACGUCGCUGCGCCCGUUUCGCCGCAAUCGCAGGAAGUGUCUUGCUACAUCGAUUACAACGUUUCGAUGCCAGCUCAGAACCUUUGGCGGGUGGACAUAGUGAACCGGGACAGCGAGGACGCCACGUGGGACAGUAUUCGGUCCCAAGUGCGCCUCAUACAUGUGGACUCCGGCUCCGCGCUGCGGUUCAGCGGCCGGCAGCUGCCUUCUUGGGGCUUCCAUCAACACGAAGUAGUCGCCGACAAGGUCCUUUCUCAUCAGGACACAGAGUGGAAUGUGGAGGAACAUCGAUACACAAAAGCUGAAGACAGAAGAGAAAGAGAGCGCGAGUUGACAACAGCGGAAAUGAUACCAACAGCCGUGACUCAGUUAUCCUUCUGGGAAAAAUUCAUCGAGCUGCAGUACAAGAUGAUCACGCACGCGCCUGACGCGCCGCUCGGCCACAUGUUCGCGAGUGAGCCGGCCGAGUGGCCGCUUUUGGUCCGCUCCAUCGCGUACUGGUUGUCUCCUAAUUCCAAUGCACAAAUACACUUGAUAGGCAAUUUGGUAACAUGGUAUGCUGGUACAAUCUCGGUACUGGUAUACAGCGUAUUGCUCGCCGUGUACGCGAUUCGUCAACGACGCGCCUGCGUGGACCUGCCCCCUGCUGCAACGCAAAGGUUCUAUGAUGCUGGGUUUAUCCUCUUUUUAGGUUAUUGGAUACACUAUCUUCCUUACUUUUUCAUGGAUAGAACUCUUUUUCUUCACCAUUAUUUACCUGCUUAUGUAUUCAAAAUCCUUCUUCUAACUUUUGUUAUUGACCAUUUGUACUAUGUGUUACAGAUGAGAGAAAAAACUAAAGCAUUUACUAAUAUAUUUAUAGUAGGUGUAUUUGUAUGGUUGGGAUAUGUUAUCCUUACAUUUAAAAAGUUCAGUGUCCUCAACUAUGGCAAUGCAGACCUCACUGAAAACGAUCUCAUGAGUCUCAGGUGGAAAGACACAUGGGACUUCAUUUUACAUAAAAGGGUGUAAUAAUACAUAGUUUAAAAUAUGAUAUUUUUACAUAAUAAUUUCACAUAGGUACAAUACUCAGUUAAGAGCCAUUUCACAAAAAUAUUCCGCGCGAAUUUAGGUAAAAGCUGUCAACGCAACAUCAAAAGAGUAAAAAGAACGCUGAAAUGGACAAAAAAAUCUUGAGCCGUGACCGUAUUAAGACUUGAUUUAAGUUAUUAAUUUUAAGGUAGAAUGAGGUAUUCAAACUUGAUAAAUUAAUUUAAAUUUUUAAUAGACUUUAAUAAGUCUUUUAUAUUUCGAUUCAUAAUGAAACACGAAUAGGUAUAAUAUGUAAAAUAUAUUAUUAAGUACAAAAUAAAGACAGUCACACAGUGAAAAAAAAAAUCUGCCCCCUUACAGCUCCAUCAUCGGGCCCUGGAUACGAAAUAUUCGUCAAGGCGAAUUACACAAGCCCAAACUCCAUAGGGUUCUAUUGUUUUGUUACGGAGGUGGCCAUUGCAUCUCCUCCAGAUCCAUUAUCAGACAGAGCUAAGAAAUAAAUAAAUAAAUAUUAUUAUAAGUAAACAAAUAACUAAAAUAAUUAAUCUUACUAUCUUACUUCUUACUAGUCUUACUAAUACAGUGUGAGUCACGUUAAAGUGUACAUAUGAAAAUAGAUGAAACUAGACCUAUUUUUAUCGACAAAAAAGAGGUCAAAAAAUUUUUGAGAUUUUUUUUUAAUUUUUUAUAUAAUUUUUUUUCUUCCAAUUACUUAUUGUAAAGAAAACAUAAUAACUUUUAAACUAAGCGGUAUAUCUUGAUAAAAUAAAAACAGUAAUAAUGAUAAAUAACAGGCAAUACUAAAUAAUACAUAAAAUACACAAGAAAGGCCAACAAAUAAUAAAAAAAAUAUACUUUUUGAAAAAAAUCCGCUUAAAAAUUCGUGUUUUUUUGGUUAUUUGAUAAAUUUCUCCAAAAAAUGCCCCUAUAACCGGUAGUUUUUAUUACUUUGUAUUAUUCUCUAUCGUAUUACCUUCGUAAAACGAAAAAUCGCAUGUCUCUAUCCCUAUCACAACGUUUGCAAUGAUCGUUUGAACUAAGCCUCUCCGGGCGCGCCAUUCAACGCUUCGUUAACAACAAAACUGAAAAUGGCUCUAGAUUUGUAAUUUUGAUAAAGACAAGUUAGAUUUCAAAUAAAAACAAAAGAUUUCGAAGUAAAAUAAGCAUUUUAGUUAAAAUUAAAAUUUUCUCUACCUGUAGCGGAGAAUAAUGUUGUGGCAGGCCUU